GUCCCACAGACGCCCUGAGAGAAAAGGAUUUAAUGGAACGUUCAGAUAAGGUGGCCAAGCGGCUGCAAUUGAUGGCGCAGAGAUACGAGGCUCUGGAGAAAAGGCGCAACAUGGAGGUAGAGGGCUAUAAGACUGACAUCAAGCUGCUGAGACAGCGGUUAAAGGAUGUAGAGAAGCAACUAUUCAAGGUGACGCUGAACAUCGGGCCAGACCAAGAUCUUGCUAUUCUGGAUGCAGUGCGGCAAGGCAACAAAAAGACACAAAAAUUUCAAGGGGAACUGCGCAACUUAAAGGCCAAAAUCUGUGGCCUGGGGAAUGAACUGAGAAUCGGAUAGAGCACAAGGGAGACUGACGGAGCUGCCAC